CCUGUACAAAACUCAUGUAAUAUAUUACAUCUAGAGAUUGAUGUAUAAGACAGUGUUAACCAGUAUUUCAAUAAAUUAUCAUGUGGUUGAUUUAUGUUUUGAUAACUACAUCAUAUGCUAUCCCAUUGGAUUUCCCAUGUUAUGAUGAAACAUGGUUAUAUUUAAAUGUGACAGGAAAAUGUUAUAAAUCAAUAUUAGGAGUAGAAAAACUAACAUUUUCAAGUGCCGCAUUAUUGUGUAAAACAUACCUGCAGAAUGUUUCACAAGUCCCAGUAAAUUUAUUACAAUUUUACGAUGAAAAUGAAGCUGAUUCAGUUGUGGAUAUGUUAUUUAGAAAUGGUUAUAAAGAAACUAUUUGGCUUGGUGCCAAUCGAAGCGAAGCGAAGCAACCUUUCACAUGGUAUACGGAUGGUAGCACAGCUGAUUUCAAGUAUAUUGAAUGGUCUGAAGGAACUAAAUCGGGGAACUGUAUUGAUUUUUCUUAUUCAACUGAACCAGUAAUAGGAACAGAUAAAUGGUCUGUUACAAAGAUGGUCGACAAUAAACCAUGUGAAAUUGGACGUUCUUUUAUCUGUGAACAUAAAGUUCCACUUUGCCAAGAUCUACAAGGAGGUUUCAAUUCAACUACAAUGGUUUUAAAACCGCCUGUAAUUUCUCCAGGAUCUAUUGUCCAAGCAGUUUGCGGACCAGGUACUGUAAAAGACUCAAGUACCUCAGCCAAUAGGUUAUCUGGUUUUAAUGUGGAUUUAAGUUUAUCUGAAGGCUUCUACAGAUGUACGGGAACACGAUUUAAUAAUAGUCAAGUUCCUGAAGAUCCACUCAAAUUUAAACCAAGACUUUUGUAUUCUGGUUAUACUCUUACACCGUGUUCAUAUGUGAGGUGUCCACUUUAUCCUGAACUUAUGGAAAACAUAGAGAACAAACCUCAAGUUCCAAAUGGUUCAGAUACUUUAAUUUAUGACUAUGGACAAAAUAUUUCAUUACAGUGCAGUCGAGGAUAUGUGAGUUUUCAAAAUCCAAAUAGUACCUUAGCAACAAUGAUGUGUGCUCAAGCUAGUACAACGUCUAAUCAGGGUUUAUGGGAUCCAGAGAAUUAUCAGGCAUGUGUAGCUGUACGUUGUAAUCAAACACAACUGGAAAAUAUGAUACCUAAAUAUGCAAAGUUGGUCAGUGCACAUAAUCGUAUCACAGAACAAGUAUUUGGUUCCCAUCAAGUUAAUCAGUUUUGUUCCUAUGGAAAUGUUAUUUCUAUCAGAUGUAAUCCUGGAUAUUUAUUCAAUGAUCGUACAGCAGAAAAAUCUGUAUCUUGUGAAUUAGUAUCUGGUUCAGAAACAGUGGGAGAAUAUCGCGGUUAUUCUGGCACACUUCUACCCUUGCCACAAGCAUGUGAAGAGGCAACUUGUUUAUAUGAAGAAGCUGUAAUACAACCAGAUUCGCAUAUGGAGCCAUAUUUCAUUGUUAUAAGAAGCAACUUGAAUGUGGUGAACUUGACAAAGCAUGCUGGAGUUCCAUAUCCUCGUGGAACAGUGAUUCGAUACUUUUGUAAAAAUGGAUAUGAAAGUAUCAAUCAAAAUUCAGAAUUGAAUAUCACCUGUGGUGAUUAUGGCCGGUGGACACCACAGUUGAUUGGUUGUAUCGCUCGAAUUGAAAAAGUUUCUGUAAGUGAUACUGGACGCUUUUACAGUGAGCCUGAAGAAGCUGAGUCAGCAUUAAAGUUGUCAUCAAUUAUGUUCAUCAUGGUCUUCAUAUUUCUGGGAAUUAUAUUACUAUUAGAUUUAGCAACAAUUGGAAGAGAUUUUAAACAAAUUAAAAGUAAUAUUAAACUACAAAAAAGAAGAAUAGACCAUUCAAAAAAUAAAAGUAAGAUGGGAUGAAAAUAUUGGAAUGAAAUGCACUACGCACAAAUUUUAUCUAUCUGUCAGUUUUCAUAAAGCAAAUUCAUUAUUUACAAUUCUGUUUCUCAUACUUAGAUAAAUGACAGUCUGUACUUUACUUUUUCUGAAAAUUUUUUAUUAAUAUGCAG